UGGCUUUUGACCACAUAAGUAAGAAGUGGAAGGGAUUUGGCAUUGUGUAUUAUGUUUUCAGAGUAAAAGGAUAGCUGUAUAGUGGAAGAACAGACCUUAUUUUCUGUGGUGGGCUAUUCAUCAAAAAAAAAAAAAUGGUGAUUUGGAUUGUUUAAGAUUUUUUCUCUUUGCUGUUUCUUCUCAGGUCAACAGGUUGUUCUAGAGCACCUCAGAGAGCUGCUCCAACAUUUUGUGGAUUCACUUGUGAGUCUGUCAUCUGUCCUCUGUACAGAAUGCUCUCAGGCCUAAUAGUGCUCCACACAUCUGAUCUCCAUCAGUGUGAGAACAUGCUGACCUGAACCUGAUGGUCCAAAUCAGCAGUGAUGGAGGAAGCAGCAGGGACAGUCACGCUCUGAGGAUGUUCUGUGGAGCGCUGAUGAGUAUUAGAUUAGCUUUUAUAAAGAUGAUUCUGUCUCUCAGUGUGCUUCUGUCUCAGCAAGGAAGAGCGCUCAAUUUAUAUUAACUUCUACAGGGUUUAUAUGGAGGUUGUUCGACUGAGUGAUGUUGCUGCUUCCACACACUUGGCAAAGUUUGCAUUGGUGACUAAUCACACUUUGGUACACCUACAUCUUUUUAUUUAAAUAUAUUCAUUUUAGCUGACAACUGAGAAGCUACAAAUGGUAUAAUCACCUCAUUUAUCAAGCUGGAUGUGAACAAAUUUAGUUACAUUUUUCACAGGAACAUUUUGUCAAACCUAAUAAUUUCAUAUUAAUGACUUAAAAGAAGACAAAUAAGACAAAUAAUUAGCCAUGUCAUGCAUUGCCAUUAGCCAUUCAGUUAAGACAAAAGUAAUGGCACCCUGUAAAAGCAGGAGGAUUAAGUUUGUGACUGUGGUAGCUGACAAGUUGCGGUGGCUGAGCUGUUUUACUGGAAGAUUUAGUGCACACCACCAUUGAGAGGCACUCUUUCACUGUUUAGUGUCAUUUUGUCAUUUUCAGGUCUCUGUGAGCUAUGAUUUUUGUGGAGUUUUUUGGGCGUGGCUAAAUGUUAAUCAGCUGUGCCAUGAAUGUAUAUGAUUGGCAUUUUUCAGCAUGCGCAUCUGAGUAUGGAGAGAUAUUAAUGAAACUGACUGGAAUUUUUAGUUGAGUUUGGCCACGAAAAUUUUUACACACAACUGUUCUGAAGACUGAUAAAUAAGGCUCAUUGAACAAUGUUCAAGUAUCCACUGAGUAUAUAUACACUGAAUAACAAAAAUCCAUUCAAGCCACAAAUCAGCAGACUCAAAUAUCUAAAUAUUAAUAUAAAGAUCUGACUUAAAUUAGACAAAUAAAAUAAUAUUAACAGUGUCAGAUAUUAUCACCCAGUAUAAUAGUCAUUGGCAAAAUUGUGGUACAGUGAGUAGCAUUGCAAGCUCACUGCUCUAGGGUUCCUGACUCCAUCCUGACCUUACGUUACUGUGUGUGUGGAGUUUCACAUGUUCUGUCCAUUUUCACAUGGGUUUACUUUGGGUUCUCUGGUAUCCUCCAGUGCAGUCAGUGUUCCAGUUCAUCCCAAAGGUGUUCAGUGGGGUUGAGGUCAGGGAUAUGUGCAGGACACUCAAGUUCUUCCACUCCAACCUUCACACACCAUGUCUUCAUGGAGCUCGCUUUGUGCACAGGGGUAUUGUCAUACUGGAGCAGGUUCGGGCCUCUUAAUUCCAGUGAAGGUUAAUGGUAAUGCUACAGCAUGCAAAGACAUCCUAUACAUCUGUGUGCUUCAGACUUUGUGGCAACAGUCUGGGGAAGAACCACAUAACGUUGUAAUGGUCAGGUGUCUAGAAACUUUUGGCCAUAUAGUGUAAGUUUAUUUCGCCAUAACCCUGCUUAGCUGUUAAUGAAUAUUUUCUGGAAUGUAAUUCCAGGCACCAGAGGGCGCCAAAAGCAGACUUUCCUAAUGAAAGGGGUGGUGAGGGUUGAACUGUUUAAAGAAGAGAUCUGCUUAAACAUAGGCGUUCAUAACGCACAUUCAUAACCAGCAUAACCAGACUCAACUUCAUAUUCUGCAUAAUUUCCCUCUUCAUCUGAGCUUCAGCCCAGGCUUAAAGCAGGACACAUUUCAUUUGGCUAUACAUCAGCUUUUUAUAGCAUGUCUCUACUCUUAUAAUCUCCGGAUCUGUGGAUAAAAUGCCAUCGUGUUCGCGCAGUGCUUUUGCGGAAAUGCGCGUUCACGCGUGCCGACUUGAGCAAGCGGACACUGUCCUGUAGGAGAUCAGAGAAUUAAGAGCAAUGCCAGCUAAAGACCCGCUCAUUGAGACUCUGAAAGUGUGUAUUUUGGAGCUGCAAGCUGAAGACACUGUGACUGACUCAAGUCCUCAGCUGGCUUCAUGCUGUGAGCUGCUGGAGCUCAUUCUGCGUAAAGGACUGCAGCAACCGGUGCUGAGUUUGACACACAGAGACUACUGGUGUUGUUUUGAGCAGUUAGUUCAUCUGGACACAUGUGGAAGGCUGAGCGCUGUCUCUUUAGCCAUACAGCAGACCACAGCGUGUCCCAAGCUCCUCAGCGCUCAGGGCCGGGGACGCUACUUCAUCCGCCUAAUGCUGAGCAGGAGAACUCUGGGAAAUGUAGUCAACCAUCUGCUACACACAUCCAGCAUCAUGGAGUGGUACAGUCCUAACAUCUCUGUAUUGAGGAAUGAGGAAUUUGUAGAGCCUUUCCUCUCUCUCUGUCUGGUUCUCUCUGAAAUGGAGUUCAAGCUCAAUAUACAGAACUGCAGCUUCCUGGAUGAGAGCUGGCUGCUCCCGGUGUGUGAAACGUAUGAGGCCGUGCCGUGUCGUGAGCUGGGGAUGGUUCUCAGAUAUCUGGAUAGGCGUGUGUUUGUGUUGGAGCUGCUCCGAGGCGGUGUGGCUCAGGCAGACAUGUUUGCAGAGCCGGGAGACAUCAUCGAUGAAAUCAACGGCAUAUCACUGAGAAAUUCCAGCAAUGGACAGGCAGGUGUGGUGCUGUCCAGAUUAAAAGGACAGCCUCUGUCCCUGCGCCUGUUGCGCUGGAGAGGUGAGAACGGCGCUGUGUAUCGCCCCCUGGUGCCGCUUUUACGCCAGCUGAAACAGGAGAAUCCCUCGCUGGAGUUCGGCUCGCCUCUUCCCAAGCCCUCAGUGCAGCGUGACAGCCAGAGCCCGUGUGUCAAAGAGGGACGGAUCCUGUAUGCAGUGCAGCUGAUAGGAAAAACAAACAUAGGAAUGUAUGGAGGGAAGGAGGUUCUGCAAUACGCCAUACCCGCUGUGCUGCAAAAGAGGCAGAGCAGGAAGGAUGUGCUGUUGGACGUGAAGGAGACGCACCUGAUCUGCACUGACAAAUCCAAUAAACAGCUGUUCCAGCACCACUUUCCUGAGAUUUCAUGUGUGGGGAGGUUCGGCCAGCCCGAUUUCACCAUCUUCGCUUUUUGUGUAGGAGAUACUCCAGAUACGGGUUUCUGCUGUGUGGUUCUGCAGGCAGCAUCCAGCACUGAGUGUGAGGAGAUCGUCCACCGCAUCGCUACGGGGUUCAAAAGCACUGAAUGGUUUGUGUAAGGAAACUACACAACUACUGACAACACUGGGAGGUUUUCAUGUUUUCAUGAGGAACCAUAUUAACUGCUUUUAUCAGCAAAACACACCGAUCUUCAGAGCUAGCCUACACCCUCAUGUUCUUUUGAAGAUGUCCAUUUGAAAAUUUUAUAUUAAAGCUGGAACACUAAAAUGAUUUUCUCAAUGUUAAAUUUUUUGUUCUUUGUGAGUUUCUCUGAUAAACCUGAAUGUUCUUAUCAGUAAUAUAUGUAUAUGCCCUCACAAGCCACGUUAUUUUUAUGAUAAAUGUACAAUUACUGACUCAUCACCGCUGAGCACAUUAUUACUUUGGCGUUGGAAUAAUUUUAGCACAAAAUAUGUCUUUCUACAUAUGAGACAAAAAGAUAACUCAUCUCUGUCACAUUCCUUACCACACACCCACAUGUGAAAAUGAAGACUUGUGAUUAUGUGAAGAGGUUUUAAAUCUACAUCCACUGUCUACUUUAUUAGGAACACCUGUACACCUGAACAUUCAUGCAGUUAUCUCAUCAGCCAAUCAUGUGGCAGCAGCGAAACUAGACAGUUGAAGAUUAUAAGAAAAAAUGACCCGGGCUUUUUCCAGUCCUCAGGUGUCCUGUCUCCGAGUCUGUGCCCAUGAUAGCCUCAGAUUCUUGUUCUUGGCUGAGAGAAGUGAAACCUGAUGUGGUCUUCUGCUGUUGUAGACCAUACACCUCAUAGUUUGAUGUGUUGUGUGUUCUGAGAUGCUUUUCUGCUCACCACGGUUGUAAAGAGUGAUUAUUUGAGUUACUAUAGACUUCCCGUAAGCCCAGACCAGUCUGGUAAUUCUCCUCUGAUCUCUCUCAUCAACAAGGUGCUUCAGUCUGCAGACCCUCCGCUCACAGGGUAUUAUUGUUUUUUUGCACCAUUCUGUGUAAACUCUAGAGACUGUUGUGUGUGAAAAUUGCAGGAGAUCAGCAGUUUCUGAAAUACUCAAACCUGCACAUCUGGCACCAGCAAUGAUGCCACGAUCAAAAUCACAAAGAUCUCACUUUUUCCCCUUUCUGAUGUUUGAAAUGAACAUUAACUGAAGCUCUUGACAUUAUAAGAUUAUAAGAUUAUAACAUUAUAAGAUUAGAUGCAGGUGUACAGAUGUUCCUAAUAAAGUGGACAGUGAGUGUAUUUCCAUAGUUUAUAUUGCACUGUAAUGAACAUAAUAUAUAUAUAUAUAUAUAUAUAUAUAUAUAUAUAUUUUAAGAUUUUCUUCAUACUUGUAGUGUUAUAAAAAUAUUUUAAAAAUGGCAUGUGUCAGUAACCUGAAUGUAAGUUUUUUUUUAUUGAUUUUUUUUUACUCAGUGGUAAUGCAACUCGAUGUGUAACUCUGGUUUAAAGAAGUGUUGCAAUCAUUGUUGCUUGUUACUCAGUUAUCAUAGUGUUUUAUUAAAAACUCAGAAUGAAAACUCUGAA